AUGUCUUCAACUAUGGCCUCUUCCCCAGAAGAAGGCUGUUGCCCUUGGCGGUCUACAUCCUCUGAUACAGAUGCUAUGCCUGAUCCUUGGUGCACUACACUUCCUGAUUACGAAGACCUUGUCUCUUCUUGGUUUUCUAUUGCCUCCGAUCCAGGCGUAAAAGCUGGGUGCUGGUGCUGCACAGCCCCUGAUCCUGGAGAUAUACCUGAUAUCCCGUACUCUACGGACUCUCUCCCAGACGAAGCAUACAGUGACCAGUACUUCACAAACUUUGAUCCGGAAGAAACAUCCGAGGCUCAGCCUACGGUCUCUACUAUAGAAAACUCGGGCGAUGAUGAGAUCUCGAUCUUUCCCUUCGAAUAUUCCGACCUAGAGUUGAUGUACCUCAAGUACCCUAAGCCCACAGCUAGCCCGGACAAGGUGUAUGAGUUCUUACACAUAUGGGUAUUGAAUACUGUCCAGGACGACAAGAUCUCGAAGAGGAUCCAUAAGGAACUAGAAUACUCUACCAUAACAGGUGAAACAUUGUACGCAGCCUCUGCCGAACAGUUGGAAUGGUUACUGGGAGGAUAUAAAUCUCUUGCGAAGACAUUACAUUUAGUACUCCUCGAUUCCCGAUAUAAUGGUGGCGAAUUGAAAUACGUGCCUCUUUCAUUCUUUGGCUUGAAAAACUAG